GUCAGGCAGACUAACCGCUGGCACACUUGUUCCCUUUUCUUCCUGUCAAUGAACACUUUUGGGCAAGUGUGGAGCCACAACUAGCAGCUUGUUACUUUAUUUGUAAGAUAUCUUGUUGCAACCAUGCUGGGAGGAUGUUGUUAUAAUCUCUUAAGGUGUCUUUGGUGGCUGUUUGUUCCGUUUAUCCUGCAUCCUCUUUAUGGGAGCAAUAUAAGCCAAUUUGUCCUAGAGAGGCCAACCUGUCAACCAGGUUUUUACUGCGUGCAAGGUAAUGACAGUCCAAUCCCCUGUCCAAGGGGAACUUAUGGGCCUGCUGCAGAGAGUAUGUCCAUGGAGAGCUGUCUAAAGUGUCCUCCUAACCAUUACUGCCCCAGACCAGGUCUGACAGCAGCAUUGCCAUGUGGGCCUGUGGCUCAGCAGCCUCAAUCUGGCCAGGAUACUUGCAUCUGCCCGGGUGAGGGACAAAACUUCCAGAGGAGCGACGGGCAAUGCCAAUGUACCCUGGACUAUCAACCGGCCAACAGUGAAGAUGUGUGCAUACACAAAGCGUACAGCAUUUGCAGGAAUGGAAAAACACGCACUCAGCAUGGAGACUGUCUGUACCGACAUGAGUGGUCACUUCAUUGCAGGACACAGGUGUGUCCUUCUGCAGGUGAAAAUGAGGGUUAUGACAAAGAGCUUGGCCUCUGUGUGUGCACAGAGCCUCCUGGGAGGGCUGCGUGUGGGGGCCUAUGUCGGAAAAAGCCUGCAACUGAACUGAAGCUCAUGUGCGGGUCCAGUGGAGAACUGGAGAUGACAUUGAGUUCUGGGAAUCAAGUGUCGGGCAUUUCUGGCACCAUUUUGGAGAUGCUUUUUAAGCAGUGGGACAAUCACGGGAGCCUCCAGUGCCACAGUGAUCUCACCCUCUCACGUCCCGUCUACAUUGUUCAAACAAGUGAAGCAGGCUUUCUUGGCCUCCUUGAUGGUGCCAUCCCCGAGGAACUUCAACAGUUUUCGGAACUCACGCAGCUCUGGGAUGCUCUGAGCCCCCAUGAUGCUUCUGCCGUUCAGUGGGACACGCAGAUAAUGGAAAAUAUCAGCAGUGGUGGUGGAAGCAUACAUAGGAGUAAGAAAGGUGAAUCAAAGGAAAGCGCCACCGGAAUUCUCAACCCGACAACAUGUCUCCACCUUGGAGAUGUUAUACUGUUCACUGUCAGCACCCGUCACUAUCCUCAGUAUGAUAUUGACAACCUAUACAACACGAAUAGUGAUUUUGACUGGGGUGCAUUAAGAAAACUAAAAGAGGAGAUGACUUUAUCUUGGACACCUCCGAGCUUCUUUUCAAUUGUCUUUGACCAGUCUGGAAUCUAUGUUUUUAAACUGAGCAGCCACCACCAUAAAUGCAUUUAUCUGCGAGUGAUGCCUAUGGGUGGACAGUGUUAUGAGCGAGGUCCCUUCUUCUCUACUAUUCCACGUCACAUGACCAGAAUGGGCAUCAGGAGGAGGAGAAACCUUUUACUCCGCCCCGACUGGCUAGUGACGGGAGGACUUCUGUUUGGAGCUGUGCUCAUCUUGUGUUUAUGCGUAACACUUUUGAUCCUUUUCCACGAGUAUGGGUGGCCAGAGAAGAAGCCAAUCAGAGCACAGUAUCACUUGGGUCAGAUGGCCUACCACAUGGAGGAUUAUGCAUCGAAGGGUUCAAGGGUACUCUCACAAAUGAAGAUUCACAGGAAACAACAAGCCACAAUUACGCUGAGUUCUAUUCAACCUGAGCCGUUGGAGGAGUUCUGGGAUUACGAACACCAGGUGGAUUUAGAGGCCUUCAGCAGCAACACUUUCUACAACCUGCUGCUCAAACACAGUGUGUCGGUCACUGCACGGUUGGGCCAGCUCAGCAGCGAGGUCAAAGAACUUUAUCAGGGCGUUUGUGAAAAACUACGGCUGCUUCACUAUUUCUCAGUGGAUGAAGAGAGCACAGGGGAUAUUCAUGACAAGCUGAGGCGAGAAGUGGAGAAGGAGGUGGUCCGCAGGAGGUCUUUGGCUGCAAACAUAAGGACGCUGCUCCAGAGUCAGCUUCAGGUUCUGGGGCGAGAACAGCAGGCGCAGCAGAAGCUCCACAGUGUGUUCACAGCUCAUGUGCGAGAAUGCACCAGAAUAAUGAGCAGGGUUCACCAGACAACUUAUGGACAGUGUCAUCAAAAUUUGAGCCAGCGGUUGACGUCCCUGGUAGGUGAGAUGGGAGGACUUGUAUCAGCAGAAUGCCAGCGUCAGGGAGCUUGGGGCCUUUUGGGUCAAGGCAUCGGGGGCCAACUGCUCUGUCCAGGUUCAUGCACUGUGAUGAGCAAAAACAGCAUCUUUGGUUCUGAUGGAUCCCUUCGAGACUGUUCCCCAGCUCAUUAUGAUGAAGUCACAGGUCUCAUAAUGCCAAAUGCUAACAGCCACAUGUUGCUAGGCAGUGGUCAGACUAUGGCGGUUCCUUCCGAUUUCUUCCUACAUCCACAGACAGGCCGUGUACUUCCAAUAGCUGGGAAUGUUGCCUAUGACCCUGAAAGCUCCACGUUGGUGUUCACGACCGACUUGUGUGCAGGAGACAACACAAAGUGGGAAAGUCCUCUUAUUCCUUUCAUUCCAUACCCAACCUCCUGCCACUCAAACCAACCUCUGCCCAGCAUGCGGCUCAGAGGACUCCGACCGGGUCAAAAACUGCAGCUGGGCGCUCCCAUGGCAGACGCGGACACUGGGGUUCCGGUGCCUAUUUUAGCUGUUACCAUCCACCCGCAAACUGGGCUGGUGUACCCACUGGGAAAGACGCACAUGUGCCUAAUAACUCGUUUGCAGCAACCAAUCCAGAUUGGCCAUCCAAUGCUGGAUUCGCGGACAGGAAACGUUGUCCUGACUGUUGGGAUCAGUCUAGAUCCAGUGACAGGGGUUGUAGUGCCAGUAGGGGGUGUCCUAUUGGGUGAGCCCUUUAUGGAGCCUUUGAGCGGGCGUAUGGCAAGAGUGGGAGGUAUGAGCGUCCGAGCCGGCCAGCUGGUGCCACAUGCAGGGGGAUACCAGACUCUUUUGGAUAGCAAGGUUCUAACGGUCAUGUUCAAAAUUGUGGAGCUCCUGAGGCCCCUGAGUGAGGAGUGGGAGUCAGAAGCGACAUUGCAGGGAAGUGACCGAGGGCGUCGCUGGCAAGAUCAAAUUAGCGAAGCGACCGAGGAGCUUCAUCAGCACUGGAGAAGGAGUCAGAAUUGCCAACUGCAGCUCCAGAACAGGCUGGAAGUCCUGAUGGAUACCAUGGUCGGUCUUCAUCUGGAUGGAGGGUCCAUGGGAGAGAUGGCUCUUUCAGGCUCGGACACAACAUUACCCGCCUUGCUCGGCAUGGAGUUCCCUGACCCAAUGGGAUCUGGUCUCAGCGUGCCUGUGUUGGGUUGGCGGGCUGACCCUGUCUCAGGAAGAAUAUUAGGGCUCGCAGGGACCACGGAAGACCCAGACGGCAAUGGUCUGGUGGCAAUCCGUUAUGGCUUACUGGCUGUUGACCCUGUAACUGCCAUGUUGGCGCCAGUGGUCGGCGCCAGGCUGGAUGUCCUCACCAACACAGUUGUACCUGUCACAGCCUCCUACUGGCUGGCCAUGGCAGAUCAAACAGACAGCAUGCAGGUGGAAGCCCUGGAGCGAGAGGUGUGUGGGCGGAACACUUACUGGCAGCAACAGAGGCAACGGGAAGAGGAUAUAUUCUCUGACUUAGACACAAAUUUAUUCCGGUGUAUCCUCAUGGGGAUGGAAGCUGACUGCUAUCAGGAGGUCCAGUGGUCUAGUAGGACACUGAGGGAAGCAGCUGCAGAGAUGCAUGAUUUAGCUCAGGCUGAGGCCCAGAGGAGAGCUGGACAACAUGCAAUCUUGGCUCUGAGCCUUCCACUGCAUGUUUUGAAUAUCCUGACCCUAAUCGAUGAAGAAGAAUGGGAUCAGCAUUGCAUUUGGCACACUGAGGUAGUGUCGAGCCUCGACAUGAUGGAUGUGUGCAUGGAGCAGUUGCGACAAGACCAGGAAAAAUGGAGCACGCAAAAAGGAGAAGAUUGGACAGCAAACGUCCAUGUCAUGGACAGAGAGCCCAGACUGGUAGAAAUGUGGGAGAAAUGUUCUUCCAGACUAUCAAAUUUGGAUGUUGCGCUCAUUAAGCUGCAUUUUAGUCGACACCUUUCUGAGUUGCGAGGUGACAUGGCUCAGGCAGUCUUGAGAGGGAACGUCUGGUACAAGGAAUAUGGCUUGAUCCGGUUCUGUCAGCGCAGACCGACUGGGAAUGUAGUGAGUUCGCUCCAACGUAAGAUUUUAUCUCUGCUGGAGAAAAUUGACCGACGAUUUGAGGGUCAGGAACAGCAAACUGCUCUCCCCUCUAACACCAGUCAUCAGCACACUUUUCCGACGGACCUGCAGAGACAUAAAGUGUGCGCUCCCUCAAAUCACAUUGCGGUCCCGACAAUUCCAGAGGAAGAGUGGACAAAGCUGCUGGAAAUCUCUCCUCUAUUCCAGAUCCUGAAAGGAGUGGAGGUCAAACUAAAAGACAAAAGUGGCAUCAAAUUUGUAGAUGUCCUGGAAUGUCAGUGGGAAUGUGAGGGAGAGUUGAUUCCGUUGAACCCGUCUGGCCUCAGCCACAGAGAAUUUCUGGUGUACCAGCAUGGACUUUUUCUCAUCCACACCUUACAUGCUCUGCGACUGACUCCAGCUGUUUCUCUCCAAAUAGCUGCAAGCCUUCCACAUAACAAUUACCACAAUAAUGCCUUCAAAAAUUCCUUUUUUUAUCAGGAAGCUGAUGAGACACUUUUUGUCCGGCGCCAGAGGCUCCAGUCUGUUGGAGGCUUUUCCCUAUUGCUCCUGCACUGUUUAUCUCAUGUUGCAACCAAGGAAAUGAGCAACGAUUCCUCCCCAGCAUUUGAGAGACAUUUCUGUAAGGUAAUGCAGGAAUCUCUUGGGGAGCUAUUUCGGACCAGACUGGGCUUUGAGUCCUCAGCACAAGAAGAUUAUACAAUCAGCUGUGGGGACCCCUCUUGUCAUCUACCGGAGCCAAGUGUGGUACAACAUGACAUCAAGGAUCAUGGGAGGGAGCAUAGAGAAACUUCUCUUGAAACCCAGCUUGAUGGAGUUUUAAGAAAAAGAACUUCAGCAACGAAAGGAGGUCAUACCCACCCUUUAUAGGAAGAGGAACUGUGUUGUAUAACUUCAUUACAACCACAAGAUUUUAUGAACAGUAUGUUUAGACAUUAAACCUUUAGAGGCAUUCUUUAGGCUGCAAUCCUAAAAAUGUAAAUCACGAAUCUGCACAAUGACUUAUAGCAAAUUGAUUUGGCGCUUUUUGUUGUUGUUUGUUUUUCUUAAAGGUACUCAAAAAAAAUAACAAAAACAAAAAUUAAUCAAAGAAAAAACUGUUUUGCAAGUUCAUAACUGGUAUUUAUAAGAUUUUUUUGUUUGUAAA